AUCACACAAAUCACUCACAAUAUGGCAACUAUGAAGAUGUUAUGAUGUUAGUGGUGGCUGCAAUUAUGUUUUGCAGCCACCACCAAGCGGUUGUGGCAAGAGAAGUCGUUGUGGACGUGGUCGAGAAUGGGAACAGGUUAAAAUUAUAGCCAUCGGAAAUUCCAUGUUAUUUACCAUGGCCAUUUCCCUUUCCACGACCAUAUCCAUGCCCUCCUCCGAAACCACGACCAAGUCCACCACCUCCACCACCACGAUCACCACCACCUCCACCACCAAGACCUCCCCCUCCCCCUCCUGCCCCGGCAACAACUUGUUCGCCAGGUGACAAAGCAAAGGUGAAGAAGUGCAUGUUCAACACAACUUCAAUUGAUGAAUGUUGUCCAACAUUCCAAAGCAUACUUGGCACUAGUUGCCCUUGUUAUAAGUAUGCUAGGGAUUUGGACAAUCAAGUCUUGAUCACUCUCAAAGCUUAUUGUGAUGUUGUUACCCCUUGUAUGAGUCCAUCCCCAAAAUCGAGUUGCCCGGCUAGUGACCAAGAAAAAGUGAAGACUUGCAUGUUCAACACAACUUCAAUUGAUGAAUGUUGCCCCACAUUUAAUAGCAUACUUGGCACUAGUUGCCCUUGCUAUAAGUAUGCUGAGGAUUUAGAUAAUCAAGUCCUAAUCACUCUCGAAUCUUAUUGUGACGUUAAUAAUCCUUGCAACAGUGUGCAAGUGAUUAGGCUAUCCAAGGAUGAUGAGUGAAGAUGAAUUGUUUUUAAUGCUUAAUUUCAGAUCUUGUAAUAUUGUGUUUUUAGCAAUAAAAUUUUGACAUUUUUGUCAAAAAGAAAUUACAUAGA